AAUAUUUUGACAGAGUUUAGGAUUACUGCUAGAGGUGAGAAAGGAGCUGGAAGGAAAACAAUGUUUAAAUUAUAUUCUUUUGCCAGUGCAGCAGAAAAAGCUCUGUCCUGGAGCUUCUAGAUCCACAGAUGUGGUGUCUUUUCUCAGUGUUUAUCAUCUUCAAAAUAACAAGCCCAAAUUUUUGCCUGGGUGGCUAUCAAAUGGGACCACAGAAUGGCACAUGUUCAGCUGCUCAGAUUGCUGAGCUGCUUGAUGCUGAAGAGCUCAAGGAGCUUGUGAAAGAAUCAUUCUAGGCACAUGCUCUGCCUCAACUGUGAUCCAUGCCUGCACCACAGGAGCAGACACUUGUCUGAAUGAAAAGGAGCUGCAGACAGCAGGAAGAGUUAAGGAUUAACCUGAGAAUUAGCAAAGUCAAAAAGCUUAAUAAGUACAGCAUGGACCAAAGAACCAGCUAUGCCACUGGGAGCUGUAAUAGUUCAGCUCCUCAUUGGAUCAUCACCAGGGGAAAGAAAGCAGAGCCUGGGCUUAAUUAGGUAUUUCUAAUCCAUCCCACGUUCCCUUUCCCUGGCCUAUGUUAGAAGAAUUUGCUAAGAAAACGCCAGGCAAAACUACCACCCAACUUCUAUCCAGCAGCUAUCCCUGCUCCCACACGCUUCUCAUCCCUUUACAAACUCCCCAUCACCCUCGUUUUCCCAAUUUUGCCACUAUACCUUCCAGCUCCAAUCUCAGACUUCAUUUCCUGCCCCUGACAGUUGUCUUUCCUUGGCGAUCUCCUUCCUCCCAUCCAGCAAGGAGAGAAAAAGCCUUCCGUACUUGAAUUAGAGCUGAAUUUGUGAGGUCUGUGAGAAAAUGUGGGAAUGUGGGAAUGCCAGUUGCAUGAGUGUUAUCCAAGGCAGCAGUUUCUUGGGAGCCCAGUGGAGAGCCAGACACCUUGAAGCAGUACUUUCCCUUUGUCCCAACACUGUGCUGUGCACCUGUCUGCUGCCUGAGGUGGUGACAGGAUUUGUAGAAGGGCCUCUGGGCCAUGGCAGUCAGGAGAGCACCAAGGGCAUGGGAGGUAUCAGGGAUUAUUAUGAACUCUCCAAAGGCAGAGCUCUGUGAAACCAAGCGCCAGCCCCACCCAGAUGCUUAUCAGACUUGAAGUGACAUCUACAGUCUUCCUGACAUUCCUUCCAAAAGACAAAUAGACAGGCAAUAAUUUCAUUAGUUUCAACACUUGUAGUCAAAUUGCUGCUUACAGCAUGAUACCAACCCAUUUGUGUCUUUGAUUAGUCAUCCCCCAAGGCAAACUAUAUUUAAAUUAAGGAAACUUGCUAGAAUAGAAGAUGCCCCACCUUCUUAAGAAGCAGCUUCAUUUGACUGCUCUUCAUUCCUUGACUGGUAACUUCCUCCUUUCACCACACCUACUGCUACUGGCAGAAAAAAAACCAAGCAAACUGCUGUCAGAGAAAUUGUGGGAUCCUUCAAAUCUCUUACCUGCAGGAAUUCCAUGUGGAAGUCCAUAUGCUGAGGCUGUGCGUUGCGUUCAUCUGCCUUUUGUAUGGGGUGAAAACAGAUCCUCAGGAGUCAUGUCCUGCAUUCACAGCCCUCAGCUUCAAGAAUGCUUUGAUAGGGACACAGCUGAAAGUGAAGCUGCUGCUCUACACCCGGCAGAACCCAACCUGUGCUGAGGAGCUCCACUCAGCAGCCUCCACUCAGUACCUUAAUGUGACCAAGAAAACAACCUUCAUCAUCCACGGGUACCGGUUCACAGGCUCUGCCCCGGUCUGGAUCUCUCCUCUGGUGAACCUCCUGCUCUCUGUAGAGGACAUGAACGUCAUUGUUGUGGACUGGAACCAGGGGGCAACGACUCUCAUCUACACCUAUGCUUCCAGGAAGUGCAAAAGAGUUGCUGAGAUUCUGAAGAAACUUAUAGAUGAAAUGGUGAUUGCUGGAGCGUCCCUUGACUCUGUGCACAUGAUAGGAGUGAGCCUGGGAGCGCACAUCUCUGGCUUUGUGGGUCAGAUGUUCGAUGGCAAGCUGGGCAGAAUCACAGGUAAGCCUCCCUCCAGCAGUCCUCUCGUCCCGAGGAAGGACAGCCGGAGUGAGGCCGUGCCACGCCCGUGGCUUUGUGCUGCAGGCCUUGACCCCGCGGGCCCCUUGUACCGGGGGGCGGCGCCGAGCGAGAGGCUGGACCCCACGGACGCGCAGUUUGUCGAUGUCAUUCACUCGGACACGGACGGACUGGGUUAUGGAGAAGCACUGGGCCAUAUCGACUUCUAUCCCAACGGCGGGACCGACCAACCAGGCUGUCCACUGACAAUAUUUUCUGGAUUGCAGUAUUUUAAAUGUGACCACCAGAGGUCUGUUUUCCUGUUCCUGUCGUCCCUGACACAGAGCUGCAAUAUCACCACAUACCCGUGCAACUCGUACAGGAAUUACAGGAAUGGCAAAUGCACCAGCUGUGAGCUCUUCUGGCCCAGGCCAUGCCCCAUCCUAGGUUAUUAUGCCCAUGAGUGGAAAAGCUAUUUAACACAACAGAGCCAUCCAGUGACAAGUAUGUUUUUUGACACAGCGGACAAAGAGCCAUUUUGCAUCUAUCACUAUUUGGUGGAUAUUACCACAUGGAACAGAGACACCAGGAGAGGCACCUUCAGCAUCAUGCUAGCUGAUGAAACUGGGAGGAAGACAGAAUCAAAAGUUAAUCCAGAAGCUGCCACCUUCCAGCAGUACAAACAAAUCACUUUGCUUACUGGGUUUGACCAGGAUCUUGAAAAUGUGGAAAGAAUUUCCUUGACAUUUUCAACAGGAUCUGUCAUUGGCCCAAAACUCAAGCUCAGGAUUCUCCAGAUGAGGUUCCACUCACUGACAAACCCAGAAAGACCCCAACUGUGCCGAUACGACCUGGUCCUGACUGAGAACACGCAGAAAACCUUCAAGCCCAUCCCAUGCUGAAGCAGGAUGUCCCGAGGGUGCUGUGCUGGACGGGGCAGAGACAUUUCACCGCGGCGUGGGGACUCACCGGGACGCCUUCUGUGGGGACCCGCUCUCCACGCACAGCACAUAAACGGGCCGGGGGAGUGACAAUAAAACCAUGGCGGCACGUGGCUUUAAAGCGUGGCUUUAAAAGGGGGGGGCU